AUGCUGUCAAGACGUGACUUGUGGAAAGCCGUCAUCGUCACCAAGGCAAAUCCCAUCGUGGCAGAUGGGAAAAGCGUCUUUCUGGUCAUCAUGAUCGCUUCUGCACCUUCGAAUACGCGUCGGCGCAACGCCAUCAGGUCGACCUGGGGUAGACCUUCUACAGAGCAGUCCAGGAGGUUCUCCCAAGGCAAGUCCACGACGACCGUCCUGCCCGUGUUCCUUGUGGGCGAAUGCGAACACCCUUCUCAGGCGCGUCUGAUACGCAAGGAGGCCCAGGAAUACGGCGACAUGCUGGUAGGCACCUACUUGGACAGCUACCGAAACCUGACGCUCAAGACGGUCCACGGCUUCCUGUGGGUCGCCGAUCACAUCAGGCCCAGCUUCGUCCUCAAGACGGACGACGACUGCUUCGUCAACGUUGACAUCCUACUCGACGUCUUGGCCGAGACUGUGGUCUUCCAGUCGGAACCCGUGGUGACAGGCGUCGUGAGGAAGAAUUCGGCGAGCGCGGUGCCUUCGGGUGACGUAGACAUCAGAGAGCAGGUGGUGACGCCUCCGAGUCGCGUGAAGAGUGCCACCAGGUUACCGUCACCUCUGUACGUCGGCAACGUCAGGUGGAACAACCAGGUCGUCAGGAACCCCAGGAACCGAUGGUUCGUCUCCGAGAAGGACUACGCCAGGAGUCAGUACCCUCCGUACGGAAGCGGAGCCGGCUACGUCCUGGACGCCCGCGCCCUAGACGUCCUCACCAGGAACGUGCGUCGAGUCAGACCCUUCGCGAACGAGGACGCCUACGUCGGGACGGUGCUCAGCGAGGCUGGAGUGAGACCGGUGCAGAGCUACCGGUUCGUGUCCCAGCCGUCAGGUCUGUGGACGUGUAACUUCCUCUACGUCGUGGUCGUGCACGGAGUGUCUCCUGAGGAUCACGAUAAGUUCCUCGCGAAGGUACGGACUGCGAGGGGGGAGUGUCGCGAUGUGGAGCGUGACAUCGGUUGGGACUGA